AUGGUUCCCCGUUCCAACGAGAGCGGGGACCCUCACCUUCCCCAGUCCCGGACCCCUGGGACUCCUGCGAAGACUCGACCAGCGAGCUCAGGAACGAGCCCCACCAAGAAGGAGGAUAAGGAUAAGGAUAAGGACAAGGAUAAAGGGUCAAAGACAUCAGCCAAGGAUGUUGCUGAGCUGAAGGACUAUCAACUGGGCGAUUGCUUGGGCAAAGGUGCUUUCGGAUCCGUCUACAGGGCGCUGAACUGGAAUACCGGCGAGACUGUCGCUGUGAAACAGAUUCGAUUGGCAGCCCUCCCAAAGAGCGAGCUACGAGUGAUUAUGCUCGAGAUUGACUUGUUGAAAAACCUGGACGUCCUGCAGGGCCUUUUAUACCUCCACGAGCAGGGUGUUAUCCACCGGGAUAUCAAGGGAGCAAAUAUCCUCACCACCAAACAGGGUCUGGUCAAACUCGCCGACUUUGGUGUGGCCAGCCGUACGACGGGUCUUCGCGAGUCGACUGUGGUCGGUACUCCGUAUUGGAUGGCCCCGGAAGUCAUUGAGCUAUCAGGUGCAACAACGGCAUCGGAUAUCUGGAGUCUUGGCUGCACCGUGAUCGAACUACUAGAGGGGAAGCCUCCCUACCACAAACUGCAGCCUCUGCCUGCCCUAUUCCGCAUCGUUAACGAUGAUCAUCCUCCACUCCCUCAAGGCGCGUCGCCGGCAGUAAAAGACUUUUUAAUGCAGUGCUUCCAAAAGGAUCCUAACCUGCGAGUAUCGGCUCGGAAAUUACUCAAACAUCCCUGGAUUGUCAACGCACAGGUAGUCCCGAAGAAGUCAACAGAGUACGAGGAAGCAGUAAAGAGCGUCCAGGAGUGGAACGAGGCUCUCCGAUCUCCAGACCCUGGUUCGAUUAAGAAGCCACCGAGGCUUGACCACAACAACUCAAGUCAUUCACGAACCGACUCGACGCAUUCAGUCGCGACACCAGCGAAGACCCCCUCGGCAAGUGAGGUCUCUAAAGCCACGGCUGAUCGAUUCCGCUCUCCGGAUAGGUCGGCGGAUGACAAUUGGGACAAUGACUUUGCAUCCGAGAUUUCUCCCAGCGCCCUCCAGCUGCCGCAUCUGAAACCGCACGAUAAUUUCGGUGGAAUGCUUUCAUCGGAGAGGCUGAAGGCAUUUGCAUCUCUGGAUGGAGCAGCACUGCGAGACACAUCUGAUAGUUUAGAAGGUGAGCCCACUGUCAAGGGCCCGUCGCAGUCUGGUGAGUCGGAUCCUCUUCAAACGAUUCGACCUCCGCUGCGGAAGCCAUUCGACGAAGAAAGUUCACGGCCCAAAAGUCGUUCUCGCCAUCGACCAUCCAAGAGUGCACUGCCCUCUCUUCCAAGCGUUCCCAUCUUGAACCAAGUUGCCGCUCCGCCGACGAGACCAGUUCGUCAGGCACGGCCGGCGGCUUAUUAUGAGGAGAGCUCGGUCGAGGACUACUCCGACUUGAUCAUUGGGAACGAAGAUGUUCUGGAACGGAAGCUGGGCGCGUUUCAGGAGGCGGAUGAUAGUGCUCCUCAAACUGCAAGGCUGGUCCUGCCCAAUUCGAAAGAUUCCAUUCGUAGUACGAAGUCCGAAGAGCGCCAGCGUCAGCUGAGGAAGCACAAUUCGAUCAAGAGAAGCCGUUCUUCGAUAGAGAUCCAAAAAUUUGCAGAGGACGAAACCGAUGAGGAUUUCUCGGACAUCCUUGGCGCUGACGAGAAUGCCCUGGAGAAACCGGAUAGCGAGGACGGCUCGGAUCGAAGCACGUUGAUGCUGAAUUCAAGGCUGUCUAACAACUCCUGGCUGGGAGAUCAGGAUGAUGAGGAUGACCCAUUUGCUCAACUGGAAGAAGGCUUUGACGAGAUGGACCUAGAGGCCAACAUCGCUCGAGACAAGCACGCUCGUGUGCGGAACCAAGUCGAAGCUCUCGUGACAUCAUUGAAGACGUCGCAAGACGAUGAUGUUCUUGCAGACAUUUCCGAACAGCUGGUGGCCAUCUUCUGUGACCUGCCGGAGACGAAAAAUAUCAUCAUCAGCGCCCAUGGGAUGCUUCCCAUCCUGGAGAUUCUCGAAACCUGUCGUCGGCGAGAUGUAAUCUUCAACUUGCUGAAGAUUGUGAAUGCGAUCAUCUACAAUGACUAUGAGAUCCAGGAGAACCUAUGUUUCGUGGGAGGAAUCCCAAUUAUCAACGAAUUCGCCUCGAAGAAGUAUCCGCGGGAGAUCCGGCUCGAAGCUGCUGCAUUUGUUCAGCAGAUGUAUCAGUCAUCGACUCUCACACUGCAGAUGUUCGUCAGCGCCGGUGGUCUCAACGUUCUGGUUGAUUUUCUGGAAGAUGAUUAUGAAUAUGAACGCGACCUGGUCCUGAUCGGGGUCAACGGGAUCUGGAGCGUAUUUGAGCUACAGGGUUCCACGCCGAAAAACGACUUUUGCAGGAUUUUGUCUCGCAACUCAGUGCUAGAUCCCUUAUCUCUAGUUCUCAGUCGGGUGUUGGAUGAAGAUGAGGAGCUAUCCAGAAUUAUCGAGGGUCGCAUUGCAAACAUAUUCUACAUCUUCUCCCAGGCUGAGAACCAUGUCAAAGAGAUGGUGGCAGAAAGGACGGUUCUGCAUAGAGUACUCAAGGAGUUGAAAAGAAUGACUCCAGUCCACCAGAUCACCAUGCUGAAGUUCAUAAAGAAUCUCUCCAUGCUAUCGACGACGCUUGACGCGUUGCAGAACUCCAACGCUAUUGACGUCCUCACCGAACUGCUGAAAUCAACCAUGAAACAGCCGCAUUUCCGGGAGGUUUCCAAUCAGAUUCUCAAUACGAUUUACAACCUGUGCCGCCUCAGCAAGCCAAGGCAGGAAGAUGCGGCUUUGAACGGAAUUAUACCAGUCCUACAGAAGAUUGUCAAGACUGAGCGACCCCUCAAGGAAUUCGCGCUUCCCAUUCUCUGCGACAUGGCACAAUCAGGGAAGGUUGGACGUCGCGAACUAUGGCGUAACAACGGUUUGGCAUUCUACAUUUCGCUCCUUUCCGACCCUUAUUGGCAAGUUACUGCACUGGAAGCGAUCUUCAAUUGGCUCCAGGAGGAAACCGCCAAAGUCGAGGAACAUCUCCUUGAAGACCGUACCGACGGAUACUCGUUCACUGAUGCGAUCGUCAAAUGUGUGACAAUCGCCAAGGCCAAUGCCUUUGAGAAUCUUCUUGAGCCUCUUCAGAAGCUGUUGCGCCUGAGUCCCCCGAUUGCAGCGACGCUGGCUCGAGUAGAUCUCUUUACUCGGAUCGGACAGAAACUUCAUCACCCCAAAGCUGCUGUCCGAUUGAAUCUACUCCGCAUACUUUCUAGCAUCUGCGAUUCGAGUGAAGAACAGGGUGAUCUCCUCGCACGAUACGGUCUUCUGGACGCCAUCAGGGAACUGGAGAAUGAUCCGGCGAUUCUUGUCCGAGAUAUGGCCGGCAAACUCAUCAAAUCUAGCGAACAGAGCGCCAGGCGCCGGCCCCUCAUGAGGCGGACAAGUAUAUCCACCGCAUCACAAAAUCUGAUUCCGUCCCGGCCAUCUACACCGCAGGCCAAUCGGUCCGGUCAAUCAAAAGGGCUGUUGGAAGUGCGGGAGACUCCGCGACACCUGCGCAAUGGUCCUUCCUUGCGGCCCGAAAGUCGAGAUGGUAGCAGUUCCUCCAUGAUGUCUGGUGGAAAUGGGGGUCUUGCAGGAAGGAGCCGAGUGCCGCGGAGGUUGUCCAAUCGAAUGUCUCAGAUUGGAAUCCUUCCCAGUGAUGAACCCAGAUCUCCGAAUGUUCCUACGCGUCCGUCGUCGGUGAUGCCUCCUCGGCGUCGACGGCAGACCAAUGAUCUUCAGUGGUCGUGA